GCUGGUCUGGGCGGGAUAUUGCGUCAUCAGUAGUAGGUUUGAAUGUUGUUGUAGCUACAGAAGCUAAAGCUGCGGGUUAGUUUGAUUUAAAGUGAUUAUAGUGAUUAUAGUGAUUAUAGUUGUAAUACUGAAGCUGUUAUUAGUGAGUAAUGGACUCGGGGGAGCAGCAGGAGGAGGACGAGGUGUCGGCUCGGAUUCUGCUGAGGAGGGUUUUGGGUUCGGAGCUGAUCCGCUCUCCCGUUACCCGGAGUGUGUCUCAGACUCAGGCCGACUCCCGCAGGAGGAGGAGCUCCAGAGUCAGGAACCUCCCACCAGCCGAGAGCCCACAGAGCGUCCUCCGCCACAAACUCAAACACAAACUACAGCAGAGCAGUUCUCAGUCUCCGGCUCCUCCCACUAAAAGGAGGCGGUCUCAGAGUCGGGCGGUGAAGACUCCGGUCGUGUCCUCCUCUUCUCUGUAUGAUGAGGACAUCACACCCCGUGGUCUGCUCCGGGGCAUCAUCCAGACCGAGGCCGAGGCGUCUCUGCUGCUCUCCGGUCAGCCGGCGCCGCCCGACACCAACCAGCCGCUCCCAGAAACCAGCAGCCGACUGAGUGAGGGGGCGUCUGGACUGGAGCUGCCGGACCUGGUGACCGAACCCCUGAGUAAUCUGAUUGGAGGGAUGAGUCGCAGGAGGCCGCCGCCCACUUUCAACAUUUCUGCUUUUGAGAGACAACUGGAGCAGCGGUCAGGUCAGAGAGCCGAGCCGGAGGAGCAGAAUCCGGACGAGCCGGAGGAGCAGGAUCUCUCUGCUGCGUCUAAAAGUGUUCUGAGUCUCACGCUGAAGACGCCGUUUGUGAAUGUUCAGUCUGAGAGGGCGGGGCUACGGCGGAAGGCGGCGAAUCGGAGGCAGCCGUCUGUGGACGCGUUUGAUGAGGCUGUUCAGAAACGCUUAAACAGGAACAACAAUCAAGAGGACACGGUGGUUCAGGAGGGACGAACGCUGGGAGAUUCAGACUGGCAGAAGUUCACUCUGGGUCUGAGUAACGUCACCGUGCCGGAUCUCACCACGGACAUCGUCAUGUGCAACACGGAGCUCUACCCACAACCCCCUGCGGCCACGUCUCCACUGAAGGAGCAGGAGGGAGGAGCUUCAGAGCUCCACAAGAUCCACGAGGACGUAGGAGGAGCUCCUCAGAACGAGGAGAUAGUAGAGGAGCAUCUUUAUGAGGAGGUUGUGGAGGAUCAUCCGGAAGAUGAGGUAAUAGAGGACACACACGAUGAUGAUGAUGAUGAUGAGGGUGUGGAGGAAGGUGAGGAAGGUGAGGGUUUGGAGGAUCAUCAAAGGCAGUCUGUGAAUAAAACCUAUGAAACUGAACCUCAGCCAUUACGAGACGAGGAAAAAUCUCAGCUACACUUACAGUUAGAGGAAGAGCAAGAGGAGGAAGAGGAAGUGGAGGAGGAGGAAGAGGAAGAAGAGGAAGAGGAGAUGAACAUGGUUUCUUCCCCAAAACAGAAAGAUUCCAGCGUUUUGAGUCCUGAUGAUAUUCCUUUUGCACCAACUCAGGCCAUGACCGAGCCCCUCCCACAGGAAGGGGAGGGGCUAGAGUCUGAGAUGCAGGAGGAGGAGGGUAUUGGAUGGAGAGACAGUGUGAGGGAGGACCUUCAGACUAUGGAGCUUCCGUCACAGCUCCUGGAGCGAAUCACGCGGAGAGCCUAUCGCUCAGAGGGCGGGGCCAUCAUGCCCGGAGUGACGGCGAGAGGAAGAGUCACGAAGAGCUUAGGGGCGGGACUACAUCCCGCAGAGAGAGAAGCACAGAGUUUUAUGGGUGUCAGGAGUCCAGGUGAAUUAAUCAGCUCGGCGGAGGAACACUCUGAAGCUUCUCCAUCCGUUUCCUCCGCCCUGAGACGCUCUCCAUCUGUGACCAGUCAGACGGGGGCGGAGCUAAAUCUGAGCAACGCAGAGCAGGAGAACAUCGUCUCCUCUUCUGUACAUCAAAGCAUUAAUCCACUAUCUCCUCCUGCCGAGAAGGAGGAGCAUGAGGAGGAGGAGGAGCUGGAGGAGGAGGAGGAGGAGCAUCAGGAGGAGGAGCAUCAGGAGGAGGAGGAGCUGGAGGAGGAGGAGGAGGAGCAUCAGGAGGAGGAGCAUCAGGAGGAGGAGGAGCUGGAGGAGGAGGAGGAGGAGGAGCAUCAGGAGGAGGAGCUGCAGGAGGAGGAGGAGCUGGAGGAGGAGGAGGAUCAGGAGGAGGAGCUGGAGGAGCAUCGAGAAGGGGCGGAGCAUGGAGAGGAAGAGGGUGCUGACAGGGAGGAAAUGGAAGUGGAAGCAGAUAAAGUAGAUGAUGAUGAAGAUGAAGAAGAUGCUCAGAGUGAAGAGCUGUCUAUGCAAACUCCUGCUUUCAUCAGACAGAGGAAACAGAUCACAACUCCUGGAGCUCUGACCACGCCCCCCCGCCUGAAGAUCCACAACACUGCAGUGGGGGGGGUGAAGCGAGGGAAGGUGAAGGGGAAGAGGGGGGUCGGUUGUGAUGUUUUGCCGAAGAGCUACGUGAUGAGUGUGUUCAAACAUUUCGCCAAAACCAAAGUUUCCAGUGACGUUUACCCCGUCAUUAACGACAUACUGCAGAAGUAUUUUGAGCGGCUGGCGGAGGAUCUGGAGGUGUUCUCGGCUCACGCUCGGAGGAGGACGAUCGAGGUGGAGGACGUGGAGCUUCUGAUGAGGAGGCAGGGCUUUGUGACGGACAGCACGCCGCUGACGCUGCUGAUCGAGAAGUUCCUCCCGCUGGAGUACAGGAAGCUGCUGAUCCCCGUCGCCACCAGCGGAAACAAACUGAUCCCUGAUCAGAGGAGAUAAACCCUCCUCUCUCUCUGAUUAUUAACUUUAUACUUCUAUAUUGUGUUUGAUAAAUAUUGUUAUAGAUAAAAUGUUCUGUGCAGAUUUAUGAGAUUUAUUAAUAAAACUUCACAAGCGGUUUGUAAAAUAAAGUUA